CUCAAAUACAAAGAAAUCUUGGUGGAUGUCAAAAAUUUGUGACUGAAACCUAUUUUUACCUGAUCUCCAUGGUUAAUAUCACAUUUAUAAAGGUAUUUUUCAUUCUGUAAUAUUAAAAUGUUUCUUUUUAAGGAUGGUCAGAUUUUAAGCAUUUAUCUUUUCCUAGUAGUCUCCCCUUCCCUUGCCCUCUCCAUCCCAAUCUCUUUUCUUCGGAUAGGGUUCCUAUUGCUGGCUACCCAGUUAUCACCAUGCUAAUACCAUUUAAGGUAGCUCUGAUGGAUUCAUUUAUUUUGAGUCCUUCAAUUCAGUUUCUCUUUUAACCUGGCUUCCUAAAUCAAGUUGACAAACCAAUUUAUUUUUCUCCCUUUUCAUUUCAACAAUUUGUGAUUCGGGUUGGUAGGAAAAUGUAACGUAAUCCGAACACAACCUCUUCCCCUUGGAAUCAGUAUUUUCGAGGCUUCCUCCUUUCCUUGGCGGAACGUGCUUAAGUCAGGCAGAGUACCUAGUGAAGGACUUCAGCCCCCACAGUUCCCUGUGCGCGCAUGCCCUCUCCUCUUACAGUUGUCAAAGUGCUUUUGCCAGAGCGGUCACAUAAUCAACCUGAAAGAAGAAAAUAAAUACUGUACACUUUUUAAUUUUAUCGAUCCUUAAAAACUGGACACUCAAAGGGUGAACGCUCUGAGUUCCGGUGAAGGGAAAAGAGACGUGGCGAAAUUGCUGUCUUUCUGUCUUAUAAGCACAUCUCUCACUAAUACAGAAAAGGAACCAAGACAUCAGAAAGGCUGCGCAAACCAUGCAGGAUGAUUUACUGAUGGACAAAAGCAAAACCCAGCCCCAGCCCCAGCAGCAGCGGCAGCAGCAGCAGCAGCAGCCCCAGCCCGAACCCAGCGCAGCCGAAGCCCCGUCCACGCCCCUCUCCUCAGAGACCCCCAAGCCGGAGGACAGUAGCGCAGUGCCGGCCCUCAGUCCCGCCGCGGCCCCGCCGGCCCCCAACGGUCCUGACAAGAUGCAGAUGGAAUCGCCGCUCCUGCCGGGCUUGAGUUUCCACCAGCCCCCUCAGCAGCCGCCGCCGCCGCAGGAGCCCGCGGCGCCGGGCGCGUCGCUGUCGCCGUCCUUCGGCAGCACCUGGUCCACGGGCACCACGAACGCGGUGGAGGACAGCUUCUUCCAGGGGAUCACCCCAGUCAACGGGACCAUGCUCUUCCAGAACUUCCCGCACCACGUCAACCCAGUCUUCGGAGGCACUUUCUCUCCGCAGAUCGGCCUGGCGCAGACCCAGCACCACCAGCAGCCGCCGCCGCCGGCGCCGCAGCCCGCGCAACCCGCGCAGCCCCCGCAGGCACAACCCCCGCAGCAGCGCCGCUCGCCCGCCAGCCCCAGCCAGGCGCCCUACACGCAGAGGAGUGCUGCCGCGGCGUACGGCCACCAGCCCAUCAUGACCAGCAAGCCGUCCUCGUCCUCGGCUGCGGUAGCCGCCGCGGCCGCAGCCGCCGCUUCGUCCGCCUCGUCCAGCUGGAACACGCACCAGAGUGUGAACGCCGCCUGGAGCGCGCCAUCCAACCCGUGGGGCGGCCUGCCGGCUGGCCGGGACCCUCGCCGGGCGGUCGGCGUGGGCGUGGGCGUGGGUGUCGGGGUGCCCUCACCGCUCAACCCCAUCUCGCCGCUCAAAAAGCCCUUCUCCAGCAAUGUGAUCGCGCCGCCCAAGUUCCCCCGCGCGGCCCCGCUCACCUCCAAGUCCUGGAUGGAGGAUAACGCUUUCCGGACGGAUAAUGGUAACAAUCUGUUGCCAUUUCAGGACCGGAGUAGGCCCUAUGACACUUUUAACUUGCACUCGUUGGAGAACUCCUUAAUGGAUAUGAUAAGGACUGAUCAUGAGCCUCUGAAAGGUAAACACUACCCUCCCAGUGGCCCACCAAUGAGUUUCGCUGAUAUAAUGUGGAGGAAUCAUUUUGCAGGACGCAUGGGAAUAAAUUUCCAUCAUCCAGGAACAGAUAAUAUUAUGGCACUUAACACCAGGAGCUAUGGGCGGAGACGAGGUCGGUCUUCUCUCUUUCCCUUUGAAGAUGCCUUCCUGGAUGACAGUCAUGGCGAUCAAUCCUUGUCAUCUGGCUUAAGUUCUCCCACUCGCUGUCAAAAUGGAGAACGAGUAGAACGUUACUCCAGAAAGGUGUUUGUUGGAGGCCUUCCUCCUGAUAUCGAUGAAGAUGAGAUCACUGCCAGCUUUCGCAGGUUUGGACCUCUCGUUGUAGACUGGCCUCACAAAGCUGAAAGCAAGUCGUAUUUUCCUCCUAAAGGCUAUGCCUUUCUGCUGUUCCAGGAGGAGAGCUCAGUGCAAGCGUUGAUAGAUGCCUGCCUGGAAGAAGACGGGAAACUGUACCUGUGUGUGUCAAGCCCCACCAUCAAGGAUAAGCCAGUGCAAAUUCGACCAUGGAACCUAAGUGACAGUGACUUUGUAAUGGAUGGUUCUCAGCCUUUGGACCCCAGAAAAACUAUCUUUGUUGGGGGAGUUCCACGACCCCUUCGAGCUGUUGAAUUGGCAAUGAUCAUGGACCGUUUGUAUGGUGGUGUCUGCUAUGCUGGCAUCGAUACGGACCCAGAGCUGAAGUACCCCAAAGGUGCUGGCCGCGUGGCGUUCUCCAAUCAGCAGAGUUACAUUGCAGCCAUCAGCGCUCGCUUUGUGCAGCUCCAACACAAUGACAUUGACAAACGGGUGGAAGUGAAGCCAUAUGUGCUGGAUGAUCAGAUGUGUGAUGAGUGCCAGGGCACGCGCUGUGGUGGGAAGUUUGCCCCGUUCUUCUGUGCCAACGUCACCUGUCUGCAGUAUUACUGCGAAUACUGCUGGGCGAGCAUACACUCCCGCGCCGGGCGGGAGUUCCACAAACCGCUGGUGAAGGAGGGAGGCGACCGCCCUCGGCACGUCCCGUUCCGCUGGAGCUGAGCCCAGGGCAGACCCAGCCACAAGUACUGGAGUAGAUAACAAGGAGGGAAAAGAGAGGGCACUGCCUCAGGGCUUACAGUGUUCUGGAAAUCUGUGCAUUCGUUCUCGAUUUUUAAAGAAGAAAUGGGUCUUUUUAUUAUUACUAUUAUUUACAGUCAUAUUACUGAACUCAGUGUCCAGUAUAAUGCAGAAUUGCAGAGUGUAUAACGGUACUGAUUUGCACUUUGAUUCACACCUUUGUCUGCUUGGUACCUUAAUUUCUCACCCCUGAUUUGUCACUCGUAGACUGCCAUUCUCAUCAGCGGCCAUCAGGUUGAUGUCUGUGAUUUUUUUUUUUUUUUUUUUUUGCUGUUGUACGUUGUUGUUGUUGUUGUUGUUGUGUUGUUGUUGUUGUUGUUGUUCCAAUUGUUUUUGAACUGGAGCAUGCACUUAUUUUCAGAAACUUAGAGAGUCGCCCCUAGGAGAAGACUUACCAAAGGCAAUACUCGUGAGUAGGUGGCAGAUGUAGCAAAAACUUCACAACAAUUCAGCAAUCAUUAGUUGGGGUCAUUUAGAGUAAGGGUAACCCUUCAUGAAAAUAGGCCUUUAGUUUUCUAUUUUGACAUGUAAGGAUACCUCAUAAGCUGAAUCUUUAUUUUUCCUUCAUGUUUGAUUUUGUUUUGCUGAGGAUUUUGGUUAGAUCUUUUAGUGUUAUGUAAAUUUAUGCUGCAAUAGCUUUUGCUGCUAUUAAGAUGGUAUUAUUAAUACCAUAAUACUCUCUUCAGGCUAAGGUAUCAAUUUAAAAAAACCCAACAACACACUUCUGUGAUUUAGGGAUAGAAUCAGCUGCCGAAAGGAGAUCAGAAUAGACUACAGAAAGCUUCAACGGAAGGUCACUAUUUCUGACUGCAUGUUUACUUAAUCAGGUUGCUGCAUGCAAUAAAUUUUAUAUCCAAUGUCUAGUAUAAAACCUUCCCACAAUGCACAAAUUAAGAAUCUAUAUAAGCUAUAAAAUACUGAUUUUUUUAAAAGUUUUUUUUCACUCAAAGAAUUGGUAAUUGACUGGAGGAAGGCAUGCCUCAAUAAAUGGAAUGCUUCUGAACUAGGAAGAGCCCAUAACAGAAUGACCUAUAUUACAACCAAUAUAAAACCUAGGUGUAGGAUAUCUUAAAGCAAAUUUGUGGACGGUAGAUGAAGUACUUUGCGGUGCUCUGUUAUAUAUUGUGCAAUUUAUUUUAUAUAGUAAAGUGAUUAUGUCUAACUGUGAUCAAACUUAACUGUUUAAAGCCUCUGUGUCAGACAUUAACGAACUUGACAGUUCAUAACUGGUAUAUUAUUAACUAACACAUGAGCUCUUAGUUACAACCUCCUAGUGCUUGCACCAUUUUACAUAGCUUCAGACCUUGUCCAGAAAACCAAAGAGCUCAUCUUAGCUUACAAACACUAGGAAUAUAUACAGUAUAUAGAGAUAAGUUGUCAGAUUGACAAGCUAGGCACAUUUUAAGAAAGUUGCGUGAUGGCGAUGCUAAAGAAAUGUCUAUCCACAAUAAGACGGCCUGGGCAGGGCUGGUUGUCUGGGUGAGAAAGUAACUACUUAAUUCCCUGGAUUUAUCCUGUAAAGCUUGAAUAGAACUAAGGCCUGCUAGUACUACCGUGGACAUUUUUUUAGCCUUCACUCUUGGGCUGCAGAUAGUAAUAUAUAAACACACACAAUGAUUGUGAGACUAUGUAAAAUCUUUUUUCUUUCUUCUUUUUUCUUUUUUUUUUUUUUUUUAAUCUUCUUCCUAUGUUUUAGAGUUCUGGGGACAAUCUGACUGGAUAUGACACUGCAGAAUAGAUUUAAGUCGCUGUGUUUUUAUGUGCUGUGAUGUCCUUGUCCUGUCUCUUAAGUUAAUAUGGCUUGUUUUUGUUUUGUUUUGUUUCUCCAGUGUUUAGUUGCAAUUACCAGCUUUCAAGCUAUAGUUUGUUUUCAAAAAGGAAAAACAAAAUAGUUUUUUACUGGAUUAAAAGUGCUUAUUAGAAUUCUCCCCUUUUGAAGUUACCUCUGGGCUUUUUGGUAAUAAUUGCUUUUUUCCAGCCCAGCUGUGGUUUUCUGUUUGUUUGUUUUGUUGUUUUUUUUUUUCUAUGUUUGUGGUUUUUUUUCAUCUGUACAAGAAAUUUUGUUAUGCACUACUACUUUUUGUAUUCUAGACAGUUUUCAAAAGUUGGCUGAAGAUUUUUUUGUUUGUUUGUUUUUAAGGAAAAAGGCAUGCUUUCUGACUGACAUGAUCUUUUGCAAUACCUCAAUUUUGAAAUAUAGGAAAGAAAAUGAUAUUUUCUAAGUAAGUUUAUUCAGAAAAAUAUAUAUUAAUUUAAUUCUGCAAGAAAAAUGAUUUAACAGAUGGUAACUUUAUUUUUUUCAUGCUUAUUUGUGUUUUUUGAAAAUGAAGAAGUUAGAGCUUUAUAACUAUAAUAUUAAAGAUCAUAUCUAACCUACAGAAAUCUACCUAAUUAUGUGAAAGAAGCAAAACUUUUUGAAGAAGCACCCCUCUUUCAUGUACUAAAACAACACUGAGAUUUAAAAAAAAAAAAAAAAAGCUGGAAGCUUGUACAGCGGGAAGCUGACGGGAAGGUGAGAACCAUGGUCACCAAGAAUAGGUUACAAAGAAUAAACUCCCUUUGGUGCUGAAAGUUUGUGGAUAGAUGGUGGAAACUACUUUCCCUUCAUUUGUAUAUUUAUAAUCAAGCGUUGAUUGUGCACGACUGACCAGGAUUGUGAAAGAGUUCUUCUGUUUGUAUUUUUUUAAAGAGAACUUUUUUAGUUUAUUAAAUUAUAACAUGUUCCCUUUUGUUUUGUAAAUAAAUGUGCCCCCCAAGUUGUUAAUGUUAUAUUAAAAGAGAGGGUCCUUCAAAAAAAAUUAUUUUUUAAAACACAGAGGUGUUCUGACCUGCAACUUGACUGGGAAGCCCCUGGGUAUCACAGGUCCUGUUGUGGCCUUUCCUUGACGUGACACUUGAACUAGUCGAUUUUUUGAAGGCUAUAACCUAACCUCGACUAUUUGUUGUUAUGUGCAAUACUGUUUGUACUGUUUGUAUAAAAAAUAGAAAAAAAAAGAAAAGAAAAAAGGCAUAAAUCUUUAUUGCAGAUUUAUUUUCAUUGCAAACUUUAGACAUUGUGAUUCACUGAAAUCAUUUUUCUACUGUCAAAUAUGUACCUUUUCUUCAUGCUGGUAUUUUUUCAAUAGUAAUGUAGCCUUUGUACUGAGACAAAUUUUCAUUGUUAUUUUUAGAAAGAUUUUUUGCUAAGAAAAAAAUUAAACAUAUUUACAUAUUUUUCAUUUUAUUUCGUAUUUUCUUUAAGGAGUGCUUUCUCAAUCAUUAAUAGAGUUGUUUCUGGGAGGGACUUUCAUAUCUGGUCAAUGUCAUAAUAUUAUUUUGUAUUUUUACUUGGAAUAAAUUAAUUUUAUGAUGCUAAUUCUUUAAAAGUUUAUUUUUUUCAUUUUCAGUUAUUUUUGAAGCUAAAACCUUUGUAAUAUUGUUACUAAAGUGUCUAGUUUUUUGAAAUGCAAAGCUUUAUGUAUUAACUUGCUGAUGUGGUUUACAAUAGUGUGACAACGAUGAACAUGGUUGGUUAUGUAAAGUGAUUGGAAAAUGUAACGGAUAAUUGGGUAAUAAAAUGACAGAAUGAGCAGAACAUGUGAGAUUUUGACAAGCCUUUUCCUUUAUUCCAGUGGUUUAGUGUAAGACUAGGGAUGUCACAGUACAGUUCUCUAGGGAUGUCACAGUGGAUUUAUACAACACCAGGUGCAGUCAGAUCUGGGGCCCUGAUAAUGGAGUCACCCCCACCGAAACACCACCAGGUUGAAAACCCGGCUAGGUCAACAGAAUGAUUCAUUGUUUUUCCCCUCUAACUCUUCAUUGUGUCCUGUGUGCGUGCGUGCGUGCGUGUGUGUGUAUGAAUGAGAGAGAGAGAGAGAGAGAGAUCGGCCACCAACUGCUGUCCCUGUGUGAGACGGUGCCUUCUGCCCAGGCAUUUACAGUGGUGACGACUGAAGGGGGAGGAAGCCGCAGAGAGGGCGCCACCUUCUGUGUAGUUAGACUUGGAUGGCGGGGUCUUCCCUGACCUCCCUCCCUGGCCGGUGCCGGCAGCGUGCUGAGGAGGCACACUCGGACGUCACCACUGUCUAUGGCCGGUCUCAGACUUCGUCUUCCUCCACCACCCCACCUGCCCCCUGUGAUGGUGCCCCUUGUUUGUCCCUUACCAUGGCAACAUCCGGCCACUCCGAGCAUGAUCUCUCUGCCCUCCCGCUUCUUUUCCACCACCCACCUCUCCUUGAAGCUGUGCUGCUGAGGCAGCGUGUCAUUGUCACGGCACCUAAAAUUAAAACACGCUAAAAAAGUUCUACAACUGCAAAACUGGUGUUGCGUAAACAGAACAUUCAAUGACUUGCUCUAGACGGAUGGUGUGUUUCUACUAGUCCUUGAUGGCCUCUUCGGGCUCCGUUGCCACGGAGGCGAGGUUAUCAAGAACUUGGAGAAACGUGUGUCCAGAGUUGGCUCUUGGGUAUGCUCUAUGUAUUCAGUUUUGUAAAUAAUAUAUAGAUUAGAUCAAGUUGUGAUGUUAAAUUUUAACUCAAAUUGGGUACUACUGGUCGGAAUUUUACAUUAACUACAAAUAAGUGAUUAGGAACAGAAGAAAAUUGGAAAAUUCUUGCUUAGUGGUAUAAAGAUUAUGCUUAGAUUUCUGCCUAUUUCUUGUGUUUUAUAGCUUGUUAGUGAGGCAUGGGCUAAUGCAGAGUGUACUGCAUUUAUGCAAUUAGCAAAUAACUGCUAGUUUUCAUUUUAUCUAUUAUAUUAGCAACAAAAUGGCAUUUAACUGGGUAAAGCUCCUACCUAAAUAUUGAGUAUUGUGACAUCUCUACUUGCAAGGUUUGAAUGAAAGAUUAGUCACAGAUUAGUGAAAAAAAAAGUAUCUUUUUGUUAAAACUGGCUUAUUUGUAUGGAUUGUUGCCUUUUCACCGGUUUGUAUGGUAUGUCAGCUAACAUUUUCUGUUGUUGUUUUUUUUUUAUAAUAACCAAACUUCUCUAUCUCAGCUGCAAUAGUGUUCCAUUUUACCACAGAGUAUUUUAUAAUUAAUGCUGUUGACUUUAUACCCCAAAAUGGGUCAAGAAGUGGAUAUGUGAUUUGGGGACGUUUAAAUUUGUAUGAUGGAAUUAAUGGCAACAAGUAGAAAACUCGGGUGCUAAUACAGGAUAACUUCUGCUCUUUUUCUUUUCUGGAUAUAGUUCUGUUGGGGUAUAAAGUAUUAGGUAUUUGUAUUUUUGCUGUCAAAACAAUGGACAUAACUUUUAGAGUGUUCACAGCUAAGAUCUCUGUAUUUGUUUUUCAACUAACAACUAAUUUUAAAUGUAUUGUAUCUUUUAUUACCUGUUCUCUUAGAUUGUUUUUGCUAGUAACCCUUACUCAGCUUCCGCCUUUGGGGCUUGGACUAAUAUUGCUUGUAUGGAACUGCAGUACUGUGACUACACACGGAGCUCAAUGCAGCUAUUGCUUACAACUGCUUAAACUUUGUAGUUUGGACUUCAUUUUUUUCUGUAAUAACAACUUAUUAAAUAUAGUUGUAUGAAGUA